AUGUGUCUCAAAUUCUAUGACGUUGAAGAACAUUUCGCUUCUGCAGCUACAGCGCAACAGGCUCAAGGCAUCAACUGCUACGGUAAAGCAUACGUCUGCGUUGGUCCCCUCAACUAUAAAGGCUGCGCAGGAGAUGCUCAAGGUAAUAGCUUUGCUACCGGUAACGCCAUCCAGUGUCCACCCAAUCACCGCUGCGUAAACGAUGGCGUAGAAAUUUGCAUUCCACUUAAGUCGACCACGGCGGAACCUCAAGCAGUUCCUUUGAUCAAUACACAGCCAAGAGCUUUCAAUUCACCUUCAACAGAAGCACCAUUUCAGUCAACUUCUUUAAGUUCCGAUUCUACGAACUUAAUAAUCACUUCUACUUCACAGCCAGCAGCUUCAUCCUCUGCUCUAAUUCAAGAAAAGCCAAGUAUUCCUGCGGACGCAACCACCGCUGCUGGUGGGCCAAUAUGGACUACAUAUUCAACAGAGGAUGCCAUUAUUUGGGAUACCACAACAGAUGGUACAACGACUGAAACAGAUGUAAACACGCUUGAGCCGCAAUCAUCAGCCGUUCCAAACAGGCUAUUAUACUCCACUGUACUCCCGGAGGAAACGACAACUGUUCCAGCAGAAACAACUUCUUUUCCAAGCGAAGCCACAGACGCCACUGACGCCACCACCAUCUUGGACACUGAUGAGACAUUGAUAGCGACAAUUACAGCUGAUCCCAGUACUCUAGACGAUGUUAACACUAUCUAUGUGACAAGUUCACUUAAAGAAUCAACUUUAAUUUCCGUCGAAACCACAACUGAAAUUCCAGUUUCAGAAACAACCAUUUGGGAAACUACUACAGGACUGGGCGAUGCCACUAUUCCCACAGGCGUUAAUGAUCCACCUUUCACUAGCAACGAGCUUAGUCCUACUGAGAAUGGAAUACAGGGCCCGAAUACACCAGCCGAUACCACGUCGCCUGACGAUCCGAGUACGCCAGUGAACCCGAAUGGAUCAGUUGGUCCCAAUGAACCAGUAGACCCUGCGGCGCCCGCAGAUCCCAAUAUUCCAGUAAACCCGAAUGGAACAACUGGCCCCAAUGCACCAGUAGAUCCCGCAUCGCCCGUAGAUCCGAGUGCUCAAGGAAACCCGAAUGGAUCAGUUGGCCCAAACGCAUUAGUAGACCCCGUGUCGCUUGUAGACCCUAGUGCUCCGGUGAACCCGAAUGAAUCAGUUGGCCCCAAUGCGCCUGUAGAGCCCACGUCGCCUAUAGAUCCUAGUGCUCCGGUGAACCCGAAUGGAUCUGUGGGCCCCAAUGCACCAGUAGACCCCGCGUCACCUGUAGAUCCUAGUGCUCCAGUGAACCCUAAUGAAUUAGUUGGACCCAGUGCACCAGUAGACCCCGCCUCACCUGUAUAUCCUAGUGCUCCAGUAAACCCGAAUGAAUCAGUUGUUGGCCAUAAUGCACCAGUAGACCCCGCGUCGACCGUAGAUCCGAAUGCUCCAGUGAACCCGAAAGGAUCGGUUGGCCCCAAUGUACCAGUAGAUCCCGCGUCACCUAUAGAUCCUAGUGCUUCAGUGAACCCGAAUGGAUCAGUGAGCCUCAAUGCACCAGUAGAUCCCACGUCGCCUGUAGGUCCGAGUGCUCCCGUGAGCCCGAAUGGAUCAGUGGGCCCCAAUGCACCAGUAGACCCCGCGUUGCCUGUAGAUCCUAUGGCCCCCAAUGCACCAGUAGACCCAGCGUCGCCUGUAGAUCCUAGUGCUUCAGUAAACGCAAAUGGAUCAGUGGGUCCCAGUGCACCAGUGGAUCCCACGUCGCCCGUAGAUCCGAGUGCUCCCGUGAGCCCGAAUGGGUCAGUGAGCCUCAAUGCACCAGUAGACCCCACUAUGCCUGUAGAUCCUAAUGCUUCAGUGAACGCAAAUGCAUCAGUGGGCCCCAAUGUACCAGCAGAUCCCGCGUCACCCGUAGAUCCUAGUGUACCAGUGAACCCGAAUGGAUCAGUUGGCCCCAAUGCACCAGUGGAUUCCACGUCGCCCGAAGAUCCGAGUGCUGCAGUAAACCCAAAUGGAUCAGUUGACCCGAAUGCACCAGUGGAUCCCACGUCGCCCGUAGAUCCGAGUGCUCCCAUAAACCCGAAUGGAUCAGUUGGCCCCAAUGCACCAGUGGAUCCCACGUCGCCCGUAGAUCCGAGUGCUUCCGUGAGCCCGAAUGGAUCAGUGGACCCCAAUGCACCAGUAGACCCCGCGUCGCCUGUAGAUCCGAUGGCCCCCAAUGCACCAGUAGACCCCACGUCGCCUGUAGAUCCUAGUGUACCAGUGAACCCGAAUGGAUCAGUGAGCCCGAACGUACCAGUAGACCCCGCGUCGCCCGUAGUUCCGAGUGCUCCCGCAAACCCGAAUGGAUCAGUUGGCCCCAAUGCACCAGUGGAUCCCACGUCACCCGUAGAUCCGAAUGCUUCCGUGAGCCCGAAUGGAUCAGUGGGCCCCAAUACACCAGUAGACCCCGCGUCGCCUGUAGAUCCUAGUACUUCAGUAAACCCGAAUGGAUCAGUUGGCCCCAAUGCACCAGUAAACCCCGCGUCGCCUGUAAAUCCUAGUGUACCAGUGAAUCCGAGUGCUCCAGUUGGCCCCAAAGCACCAGUAGAAACGGCGUCGCCUCUGCCAGUCGGUCCAAAUGGAACUGUUCACCCUAAGCCACCAAUCGAUUCUAAUGCGCCAGUGAAUGGCAUUGUUGGAGCACCUACAUCCGCUGUAAGCUCGAGUAGGCCAGUUGUUCCAGACACACAAGUCAAUCCCAAUUCACAAGCGCAGGCCAACAGGCCAUUUAAUCCCAAUGCUUCAGUCGGCCCCAGCGCUCCAUUUAAUCCCAAUGCCCCAGUUUCUUCGAACGCACCAGUCCAUUCACAUGUAAAAAAUAUUCCAAUGCUUCCGAGGUUACCUGAACAUGCUGACCGUUCCGUUUGGUCACAUUUUGCCGCUCAUAAUUAUGCUGAUAACUCCAGUGGUAGAAAAGAUGAAAGUUGGUGGCGACGUGUUUUCGCUAAUUUACCAGGACAUGCCAAUCUACCAAAAGGAGGAAACGAAAGACAUAAUGGAUGGCAGCUUUUGCCCAACCGCCAAGUGCAACCUGUUCGACCUGGUUGGCCUGUGUGGCCUGCCAAAUCUCACCCGUCAAACCAGGAGUCAGGAGAUAGCCAGUCCACUGAAUUAGGCUCUGACAAAAAUUUGCCGAAAGCAGGCGAAUCCAUGGAAGAAAAGCCUAAGUCCAAUAGUAGAGGAAUAAAAUCAAAGGACAACAAAGAUCCUAAGGAACAAAAAGAGGAGAGUUCGGGCGAAAACAAAUCAAUAAGUACCAAAAUAGAAUCAGAGGACAGCAAGGAUUCUAAGGAAAAAAAUGAGCAGACUUCGACGGAAAAGAAAUCGGAGAAGGGCAAAAAAGAUUUAGAGGAGAGUAAAGAUUCUGAAGAUGUAAAGGAAAAGUCCGAUAGCAACCAAGAUGAGGAAAACGACGAUAGCAACUCCAAAGAGCAAAAGGAACUAAUUAAAAAAGUCUUGAAGAAGCUUAAGGACAACAAAUGUGACGAAGAUGACAUUUACCCAGAUCCCAGAGAUUGUAACAAGUUCUAUCUAUGUGUCGAAAAGUCGGAUAAGACUAAGCUCACGCAUCUACGGUGCGAUAGUGAGGAACGGUUUGACUCCGAAAAGCUGAAAUGUGUAAAUAAGCAUAAGGCAAAGUGCUUGACUAAGCAAGAAUUUAUCGAAGAGUUUGCGUGAUUCCAAACUUUUGAAGUUGCAAAAUGGGGAGAUAAAAGCCCUCAAUGAAUAAUUAUAAGAAGAAAGAUAAAUAAUCGGUUUUUUUUUCAAAACCUUUAAACUUGCAUUAGGAAAGCGAAAUUGUGCAAUCCUAUUUGUUUACCCAUGCAUGUAGAUGUGAG